GAACGGCCUCUGAGGGAAAAGUUUGAAGCGCAGCCGCGGGUCUAAUCAUGUCUAACUUUACCCUGUCCGGUGAUCAAAUGUAGUAUGCACUUGUAUAUACAAAUGUGAGCAUUCUGAUUACUGUGCUAAAGGACUAAGGUUACAAAGGUUAGUGGGAAUGUUUGUCUUUAUUUUUCUUCAUUGCAAGCACACUUGCAAGUAGCUCGGGAACCAAUGAGACGUGACCGCGGGGAACGUAUAAAACGACGCAAACUGAGGAAGCUGCGUUUUGGAAAUAGUCCUCUUUUGCAAUAAGUGUUACCGGCUGCUGGUGUAUCACAACUUCUCACUUGAGAAGGAAAUGGUCGGACGGUUGAACUUUCCAAAUGUUUGCGAAGAGGACCCGCUGGGCAUGAGCUGCCGGGCGGACAGGGGGCUAGACAGCCCGGACUCCGGGUUACCGCCGAGCCCGAGCCCCAGCGUUUGGCUAAUGCAUCAGGACAAACAUGCCCGUGGCGUCAGUCCGAUACCGACGGACGAAGGAUCGCAGGUUGCAGCUUUGUCCUCUGGGUCCUUCCAGCCUUGGUCCUAUGGGGAAGGUAUAGCAAUUGAGCCUUUACCUCCUAAAGAAGUAAGGUACACCUCCUCAAUGCACUAUGACUCGGAUCGCCACUUCAUUCAGAAGGUGGUCCUGCAGCCGUGGGGUCAGGGCCUGGAACACUGCACGCAAACCAUCACUGCCGUGUCCUACAGCACCUGGCGUCGUUAUAAGACACAACUGGAUUUCCAGCUCCGCUACAGGCCGCAAAGUUUUACUAGCACCAUCAUCAUCUACCCCAAGAAAAUGAGCGGCAAGUAUGUCACAGAGCUGAGCUACGAUCGCCACCGACAAGCCAGACGUUUCCUCUCCAGUGUGGAGUUGCCGGUAGCAGGAAGCUACCUCAGUAAGACAGAAAAGGUCAUUUCGAUCAGUCCUGUUUUGUAACCUACCCCUAGGCUGGCUGUCGCUGACCCUGCUGUACAUUUGAGUUGCUCGUUAACAUUUUCUUAAUUCAUGGCACUGGUCCAGAAUCACAUGUGCUGUGUUACAUAAAGCAAAAAUGUAGACAUAGUCGGAGGUGGAGCUUUUACCUAUUCAUUCAUUAUUCUGCCAGUGGGUGAAUCGUUCAUUAGAAAUGACCUUUAUAUUAAUUUCCAGAAAUAUUGUAUCCGUCUUAGUGUUUUUACAGGUCUUGACCUACCAAGGCUAAUGACUUGCCCUCCAUUGAAGGCUCCCAUCAAGUUGGCCACUGCCUGAUGUUUAACAUUAUUUUUAAUGAGAGCAAAGACAAUGACAACUGUACUAGUUAAGAAAAGGGAUAGAAAUUCACUAUCGUGCAGGGUUUUGGUGCAUCCUAAUUUAGCAUUGCUAAGAAAUCACUUAAGAGAACCACACUGUACAAAGGAUAAUUAGCUAUGAGGGUUUUUUUUGUUUAGUUUAUUUUUGGUUUUUUGCCUUUCUGCACUAAAUUAGCACAAAAUAAGCUCUUAGCUUUUAUUUUAGACAUUGACAAAUGCAUAAUACUCAUGUCUUUGGAUUACAGUAACCAUUCAGUACGAGUAAGCUUUUGUAUACAUGAAUUGUGCAUGUGACAUGGAUGGAAUAUGAGUCUUAAUUGAAGUGACAAAUACAGUAUUGUUUCUCUCACUGGCCUACAAGGGAAAGGUAACACUGCAUUCCACAAGAGAAAUGUGUAUUUAUUUGUAAGUUUAGAGGAUUUAUCAUCUGAUAAAUGUAUUUUGUCAAUAGAUAUACAGUAUUUGCGGGGUGCCUCACUAAUGUUUCAUAAUGUUUGCUAUUGCUUUGGUGCCAAUUUUUAAAUAAAAUGAUUCAUGCUCACCUA